CUGUAAUGAAACCGGAGAGCGGAGCCCCUCUCCCUUAUUCUCAAGUUGCAAAGAAUCAGGAGAACCCUAAUCGGUCGGGCCGUUCGAUCCUCUAAUCCAGAGGGCGAUCGAAGGAGCUAUUGCUAAGUUCUUAUUCUAAUAAGGAAAUCAAAGGCCGAAAAAGACGGCCGGUUUUUCCUCCGCCUCCGGGCGUUGCAAUCUUGGAAUCUGAGGUUGUUCGGCACUUUGGGUGGUUCAUAAGAAACCAAAAGGUGGGUUUUUGCGGUUUCUUACUGUGUUCUUUUGUGAUUUGGGAGGAGGAGGGGAUUGGUCUUGUAGGAAGAGAAGGGGAGAGAAGGGUUUGUUGAUGGAUCCCAAGGUGCUGGAUGGAAUAAUCCAAAGGCUGCUGGAAGUGAAGGGCGGCCGGCCGGGGAAGCAGGUGCAGCUCCUGGAGGCGGAGAUCCGACAGCUAUGUCUCGUGUCGAAGGACCUCUUUCUUCAGCAGCCCAACCUCUUGGAGCUCGAGGCGCCCAUUAAGAUUUGUGGUGAUAUUCAUGGUCAGUAUUCUGACCUUUUGAGACUUUUUGAAUAUGGUGGAUUGCCACCUCAAGCCAAUUACUUGUUCUUAGGGGAUUAUGUGGACCGAGGAAAACAAAGCCUUGAAACAAUAUGCCUUCUUUUAGCCUACAAAAUUAAGUAUCCAGAGAAUUUUUUUCUUUUGAGGGGCAAUCAUGAAUGUGCAUCCAUAAAUCGUAUCUAUGGGUUCUAUGAUGAAUGCAAGCGCAGAUUCAAUGUGAGACUCUGGAAGGUCUUCACUGAUUGUUUUAACUGCCUGCCUGUGGCAGCUCUUAUUGAUGAAAAAAUCCUAUGCAUGCAUGGAGGUCUUUCUCCGGACUUGAAUAAUUUGGACCAAAUUCGUAAUUUAGCACGGCCUACUGAUGUGCCAGACAAUGGAUUACUCUGUGAUCUUUUGUGGUCGGAUCCUAGUAAAGAGAUCCAAGGAUGGGGAAUGAAUGAUAGGGGUGUUUCAUAUACUUUUGGACCUGAUAGGGUCACUGACUUUCUUCAGAAGCAUGAUCUAGACCUUAUUUGCCGUGCUCACCAGGUGGUGGAGGAUGGAUAUGAGUUCUUUGCUGAUAGGCAACUUGUAACAAUCUUCUCAGCUCCAAAUUACUGUGGUGAAUUUGACAAUGCUGGUGCUAUGAUGAGCGUGGAUGAGACCCUGAUGUGUUCAUUCCAAAUUCUGAAGCCUGCAGCUUCAGAAAAGAAAAGGUUUGGAUUUGGUAGUACUGCUGCAUCUAGAACUGGAACUCCUGCUUGGUAGUUGUGCUGCAAUGCAGAUCAAGACCCUCUCUCCAGGAAUCAAGCAGUCUUCUUGGUGCAAGAGCAUGAGAACCGGCAAUCUUAGAAAGCCAGCCAUCACAUACUGAUUACUGAUCUCUUGUUCUCAAAGGUAUCAAGCAGCAUGUGCUGUGAACAAUAUGAAGGUAUUUGUUCCGAUGAGAUUUUUGGCAUCGACCAUGUCGAUGUUUUAUGUACAAUAGUUACGUGUGGCACGCACAUGCUUAACUUUGUGAGUUGUGAAUUUUCUUGAUCUGCAUAAAAAGGUCGAAUUUGUCACGUAGAAGAUGAUUUACUAUAUUUUUGAGACUAAUGUAUACACUGAUUAUGCUAUUUUUAUGCAUGUCUUACCAUUUAUGA